AAACUAUUGUAUCAUUUUAUUUUUAGUUGGUAACUUUCAGUUGGAAUAUAAAAAUAUUAUAAUGAAGCUACUGGAUUCUGUAGUAAAAAGUUUUCGAGUUGCCAAAGUUUUUCGUGAAAAUAAUGAAAAAAUAAACAGCGUCGAUUUUGCACCAAAUGGUGAAAAUUUGAUAUCAGCUAGCGAUGACGAUUCGAUUGUAAUUUAUGAUUGCUGUACAGAAGGAAAACCAAAGAGAACAUUGUACAGUAAAAAAUAUGGUGUCGAUCACAUAAACUACACUCAUGCUGGAAACACUGUAAUUUAUGCUUCAAACAAAGUUGAUGACGCAAUUCGAUAUCAAUCAUUACAUGAUAAUAAGUAUCUUCGUUAUUUCACUGGACACACAAAAAGAGUAGUGACCUUAAGUAUGUCCCCUGUGGAUGACACAUUCUUAUCUGGAUCAUUGGACAAGACAAUACGUUUAUGGGACUUGAGAUCUCCAAAUUGCCAGGGUUUAAUGCAUCUCCCUGGCCGACCAUGCGCUUCUUUCGAUCCAGAGGGUUUGAUUUUUGCAGCUGGAAUAAAUUCUGAAAUGAUUAAAUUAUAUGAUUUGAGAUCAUUUGAUAAAGGUCCAUUUACAACGUUUCGACUAACUCCUGAUAAAGACUGUGACUGGACCAGAUUAAAAUUCAGCUCCGAUGGAAAAAUGAUCCUAAUUUCAACCAAUGGUUCAACAUUACGAUUGAUUGAUGCUUUUCAUGGCGAGCCACUGCAAACUUUUAUGGGUCAUAUUAACACUAAAGGUUUAUAUUUAGAGGCCAGUUUCAGCCCAGAUGCACAGUAUAUUCUAUCUGGAUCACAAGAUGGUCGAAUCCAUGUUUGGAGUACUGAAGACGGAAGCAAGACGGCUGUUUUAGAUGGAAAACAUCCAGGCCCACUUCAGUGCGUACAAUUUAAUCCGAGAUAUAUGAUGAUUGCGUCAACAUGCUCUAACAUGGCAUUUUGGUUGCCUACUGUAGAAGAAUAAAGAUGAUUCAUUGACAUAAAGGCAUUGAUAAGCCUUUACACUCCAUACUGCCAAAUGCGGAUGAAAGCCGUAACGCCAUGAGCACUUAGUUUGUUAUUGUUGAUAAAAACAUUUUGAGUAAAGACAAAAAAACUUUUAGCUCCACGUUGGGUUUAGUACUUUAAUUAUCGGGUUUGACACUUUUAAUGCUGUUGACUGUCACUGUUCAUUUUUACUGAAAGCUGUCAUGAUUAUUUAGAUUUCAUUUUUAGGUCAGCUUCCUAUAAGCUUAAGUGAAAUCGAGACACUUUCACGUCGAUGACUAAAGAACUCUGUUCCCACAGUUUUCCGUCUAUGACUUGUUUUACAGUAAAUCAGGGCUGGAGUAACUGAGUGAGUGACCGUUUUUAAUUGAGCGAAACCUCAAAAUAUUAAUCUAGGCUGGAAUGUCUCAAUCUACUGUUCAAAUUGGUAGUAUAAUAACAGUUGGAAGAUAGUUCAUACUUUUUUGCUAAAAUGUGAAUCAUAUCACUUUACACUAACAAGUUUUGGCCUUAGUAAAACUAGGGAAAAAGAAACGUCUCACUCCCACUUCCAAGUGUGAUAUUAGCCCAACCACCCCCCACUAGUCAAGUACGUAACAGGCUGAAAUUCAAGGAUAGCUAAAGUUAUAUAAAUUAUUCUGAAACAAUAUUUUGGAUGUAAAUUUCGAAUGUGUCUAAAUUGUGUCUUGUUCAUCGACGACUUCACUCAAAUUUGUUAAUACAGGAUAGUUGGAAUAAACAUUACUGGGAUUUAUUCUUAAUAAAAGUUAACUGAAGUCUAUUUUUGUCUGACUAUUGGAUGUCAAAUGUUUUAAAUGAUAGAUGGAAAUAAUUCCUUAAUCAAUACUUGCUAUUUUAAAUAUAUCCAAUUUUGAAUGUUUUUGAUUCAUCUUGGAAAUCCCUGGACCUGAUAAACCUAUCCUAACUAGAGGAUGCCCAUGAAUACCUUUUUUAAUAUGGUUUGUGCAAGAAACUCAAAACUACAUGCUCUCUAUUAGAUUAUGCUAAAAAUGUUUCAUGAUUUAUUGGUGAACUGCUACAACUGAAUAUGCAUGCUUUUAUACUGGAAUUAAAAUUGACUGGAUUUUGAGCUCUUGGAAGUGUUUUUUCAAUUUAAUUUUACCUGUAAUUCAGAUUUGAACUUGCAUUUUUUGUUGUGUACAGGCUUUAUGCUUAUGACCUUGGUGUUGAUUGGAAAAUCUUUUUUGCAUAUGAAAUCUUUCAUGCAAGUGAUUUUUCUAGGGUGUAAAAUUGUAAGUUGUGUUGCUGCAAUUUCUUUUUACAAUAAAUUUUUUGCAGAA